AUGAAAGGGCCUACGGAACCGUAUCCCUACCAAAGUUACGUCAAAUUUCCAGCCGGAAGCGCACUCGGUAUUUAAUUUCUGACAUUUCCUUUUCGAUAUCACAAUGUCCAGCGGUGCAACCACCCCACGCAGUACGUGCAAUUUGAAUAGAAGUGCUACAACAUGAAGUUGAAGUCCUCGCGAGUCAUUAUUUUUCAGCUUUCAAGAAAAAGAAAUGAGCAACUACAGCAAGAGUUAGAGUUGUAUCAAUAGGCCUUUUCCAGGUCUCGGAUGGAAGGGUGUCGUAGGUUACCAUUUCGACGAGAAUCCAAACGAUCCAGAAAUUCUUGUGGACUCUACGCUGCAGCUGCUGAGACCGAAAGGUUGGUCCAAAUUUGGCAAAACGCUAGUAAAAUUGCUCGAUCACAGUUGGGGCACCCCAGCCUACUUCGCGCCGCAGCGAGCAACGGAAGGAGCAGACGCCCAAGGAUAUUACAGCUUUGCAGCUGGUCUCGACGGCAUGGGAGAGUUGUACUACGGAGACUCGGGACCCACGACGCCGCCGCCGUUACCAGAAGUAGGUUAAGGCUCACUUGAUGUUGAUCUUGAUGAUGGUGCUAGUACGUAGUAGAGUUCUACUGUAAUCUCCACGACCAUCUUCUUCUUGUUCUUCAUCGUCAUCUUCAUCGACGAACUUCUGAUGUUCUCGCAAUGGAAAUGGUUUUAGUUUUCUAAGAGUAAAAUGACACGAACGGAACCAACGGAAGUAAUUUCACGACGCUUUCGAAUGAAUCGAGCGUAUCUCUGAAGAUAAACAACGCGACGCAUGUCAUCAUGUCUUCGGCACUCAACAUGCGGCCCGCGCCAGUAGCGCCGGCAGCGCGUCUCCUGAAUUAUCACGCAGCGACAGGAGCAGAAGGAUGGGAAGCGGACGUUCGAGACGAACCUUCAAUCACGGGUGGCUCGAUUCUUUCGCACGUCGACGUGAAUGCAGAUCCCCAGAACUCCUCUGCGAAAAAUCUGACUUAGGGCCUUCUCCUCUUGUAAUUCCAUCUUUGUGAGAAGCAUCUUCUUGAUGCGCUUAUAGAACUAAGAGAUUGGUAAUUUUUCGCAAAUGUGCAAGAUAACUAAGAAACACUGUAGAUAAAUGUAAAUGAACAAGAAACCAGAAUCAGCAGCUGCUGCAAUCAUGCAGUACCCCGUAACGCAUGAAUCUUCAAAGGUUAGCUUUCUAAAUAUCCAUGAAUUACGGAAUCGCGAAGACGGGUUACGAGGCGGAGGCGGAUGGCGUGGAUGUGGAGCCCGACAAUCCACUAGCGCCAAAGCAGGGAACGCUGAACAUCAUCACCUCCCAUGCUUCGGGAGUGAAAGUCGGUAAACCGGGAACGCAAGCCGUGGCACAGGUUUUGGAUUCAAAACCAGUGGAAGAGCGUGGGCCAGGCGUUGUAAAGCGGUGGGGCACUUCUAUCCUUCCAGGCGGCGGAAGGUUGUCUAGACGGAUUCCCCAGUUUCUGCCAUGGUCGCCUGACUUUCCUGGCUACACGCUGAAAGAGCGCAACGCAAAAAGCACCGCGGGCGAUGCGGAAGCUGCUAUAAAAUUCUUAUCGCUGUGCGCGAGUAUGUGCGACGCAGGGGUAGAGGCAGACGAACGCUUUAUGAAAGUAAAUACCACGUCGUCGACGAGCCGCGUUGUCAUUCCGUGCUUAAGACAGGAAGAAUGCUAGAAGAUUUCUCGCUGUGCUUAUACAUAACAAUGAGAAAGAGAACGUAAACGCAUUGUUGGCAUCACUUCGACGCUCUGUUCUGCCUUCAAUAUUCUGACAGGCCAUUUACUUUUACAGCAGAGACUGAGAUAGAGAUUUUGUUCAUUUACUGGCAACAGGCAGCUAACGAUUUAGUAUCAUUCUUUGCUUUCCUCCGUUCACCCAAUAACUCGCAUUCAUAGCAUGUGGGUUUUACGCACGUGAAUAGCCGCUUUUGCAUAUUUCACCGGAAGUUGCAACCGAAUGAGGACGAAGUCAGCCGGUGGACAAAUCGUUGUGCUGACAUUCAGAUGCCCGAUCGUGGGAUCAAAAGGAACACCGCGGCGUGCGUGAGUUACAUUCGGGUGCAGCAACCAUCAAACAUGACUGGCAACUUCUCGUCGGCCUUUGGAACAACAGGAUCGCCGUAG